UUGACGCCACAGGAUGGCGCUACGUUACCUCCGCGGUCCGAGAAUUAUGGAGCUUUUGUGUCGGAGCUUGUUAUUGUUUUUAAUUUAUCUGUUUACGCAUCAAAACGCUGUAAUUGCUUCAUUCUUGGCGGAUGAAUGUUUUAAAGAAGCAGAAGCUGACGGUAGCACAUACGACCCGACAUCCCCAUUGGUCCUUUGUUGUAUGCUACCAGAACAGUUCAUGGAUUGUCAAGAUCCAUUGGAUUUAGAUGGGAAUGAAACUGCAAGGGAAGAGCUAGGAUUUGGAUGUACAAAGUGGGGCGGAGAGAAGUAUGAGGACAUGCAAACUACGGCAGUGAAUUGUACAGCAUUACCGGGAAUUGAGUGCUAUGGGAACCGAACCUUCAUGAGAGAAGGUAUACCGUGCAUAAAAUACAAUGGCUACUAUUUCGCAACGACGCUCAUUUAUUCGAUCUUGCUGGGUUUUCUUGGCAUGGACAGAUUCUGUCUUGGCCACACUGGAACUGCAGUAGGGAAACUUCUGACAUUAGGAGGACUUGGAAUUUGGUGGAUAGUUGACAUUGUAUUGUUAAUAACAGGAGGCCUUCUACCAGCGGAUGAUAGCAACUGGCACCCGUACUAUUGAGUCCUCGUUUUUCAAAUCUGUCUUUUGACAUACGCCCACGCACUUGUGUAGUUAACUUUAAAUUUCCAUGACGUCAAUCUAUUGGCUCUUACUUGAAUUUAAAAAAAACCACUUACUAUUGCAGCCGUUUUGCUGUUGCAAAAAAUGAGAUAUCAGUGUGGCAGCAAACCGUUAUGAGAAUUUGUCAUCAAUUUCUGAUAAAUUAGUAGCAAUGACAGUGUAUUAAUACUGUACAGUAUUAAUACCCCCGUGCAUUAAUACUAGAAGUCAUAGAUAGCAAAUAUAUCAAGUAAUCUGUAUUUGCAAGUCUAAAAUUGUGAAAGUGUAAUUAGAUGUGUAAAUAGGAUGAAAACUGUAAAUAUGACGAUGUAAAUUAUUUAAAUACUUUAAUAUGAAGAAGAUUAAUUUAAAUAAAGCCUGUAUAUUAUUUGGUAAAAAUCACUAUA